UAAUUAAUCUCGACCCAGAAAAAAGGAAGAAAAAAGGAAGAAAAAGGAAGGUUUUGAAUUUACUUCAAUUUUUUUGGGAAAAAAAAUAAUAAUAAUAGUAAUUUUCUAUUAUUUUCCAUAUUGGGGUCCCGAAGAUAAUAAUCAUCCUCUUCGAGUUUGAUAAAAAACUGAGGCCCUACUUUCAUCAUCGUCUUAAAAAGUUGCUUCCUUUCAUCUCCAGUGGCUGCCUUGUGAAUGAAAGAUACUGGAGGCAUGGAAUCUGCUGGUGCUAUUUGUGGAAAGAGGCCAAAUGAUGGUUCUGCCACCUCCCUUUCUCUAUCAGGAGAGCAUAGUAUAGAAAUUAUAGACGUGGAAAACGAGCAUUUUUGUGAUGUGCCUGUAUCGAAGAGUGCUGAUAAGGCUCAGAAUAGACGAUCUAGAGCGAUUACCGGUGAACAGAGUUUAUCUAGCACAUCCACUCGGAAGGCAAGAGCCAAUUGGGCUCCUGCCAUCCACGAAGUUUUUGUUGAUCUAUGUCUAGAAGAGACUUUCAAGGGGAAUAAACCAGGGACACAUUUCAACAAAGAGGGUUGGACGAGCAUUCUUGAAUUGUUUCACAAGAAAACUGGUUUAAGGUAUGAUAGAUUACAAUUGAAGAACCAUUGGGAUGUCACCAAGGAACAGUGGAAAGUCUGGUGUAAGCUAAUUGGCACAGCUAGCAUGAAAUGGGAUCCAAUUACGAAUGAAUUUGGUGCAACAGAAGCAGAUUGGAGCAACUACUUACAGAAAAACCCGGAAGCUACACAAUUUCGUUUCGAAGAACUUCAGUGUGCUGACAAACUGGAAACCAUAUUUCAUGGAACAACAGUUAUUGGAGAGACAGAACCUCCUACUCAGCGUAGGAAGCAUAAUCACAAUUCAAGUGCAUCCAUGUUGCAUAUGGAACAAUCAAUAAGCCCAAAGCCCCUGCGUAUGGCCCCAUGUCUUCCUAAUCCUGUCGAACCAAGGACCCCAUUAAUAAUUAAUCAGAAGAGUGCUGUACCAGUUCCCACCGCACCAAACAAGCUUACCUAUAGUAUUGGUGAAUGCAUUGACUGCCUUGAUGCAAUGGAGGAAGUCAAACAAGGAAGUGACCUUUACUUGUUUGCAUUGGAUGUGUUCCUCAAGAAGGAAUAUAGGGAAAUCUUUCUUCAACUAAAGAAGGCCAGUGUAAGAAUUUCAUGGUUGCAGCGUCUGCAAUCAGUUGGUUCGCCAUUGAAAUAGGGUUGGUUUCUAGUUUAGAGUUUCUCUUGUUUGGUACAUAUAGCCUAUAAGUUGUUUUUUUGGAUAGAUUCGAAAAGAAAUUUUAUAAGGUUUUAAGUUUCUGUGGUCUUUUAAGAUGCUCUUGCACUUUCUUUUUAGCUUCAGAAAGCUAAAUGGGGGUUUAUAGGCCAAAGAAAUGAAUUUAUUUCUUUUUUUCUUGCAGUUCUUAAAGGUUCUUGUUCUUUUUAUGUUGCAGGUUGUUCAUCAACUGUCCUUAUAAUGUGAGACACCUUCCUUUUUUC